AAACGUAAAACAAAAAACAUCGAAUAGUGUUCAUCGCCGACACUCGAGUAGACGUUUUCAAAUACGGUCUACAGUCGCAAGACCGCGGGCAGAUUCGUGCAAUUCGACUGGGAAGAAAAAUGUCCAAAAGUAUUUUGAUCGUCCUGGCGGCGGUGAUGGCAGUCACCGUCCACGAAUCUUCAGCGGUGAUGAGCGAAGCGACGUUUAUUAUCGAGUCGGUGAACGGAGAUCCAGACAGCACGUGGAGGGCCAGCGACACAAACGUUAUUCCAGGAGACGGAGAUAAUUUCGAACAGUUGAUGGGUGUAUUACCCAGGGAUGGAAAUGCGUUCAGAUUCGCUCCGAUCAAAACAAGUGCCGAGAGAGACUCCAACGAAGCCCUCCCCGAGAAUUUCGAUGCCAGAAAGCGAUGGCCCGAGUGCUCGUCCUUGUUGAGUUCGAUCAAAGACCAAUCUAACUGUGGAUCGUGUUGGGCCGUGUCUGCGGCUUCUGUGUUCAGCGACCGCCUUUGCAUAGCCACUGAGGGCAAGGUGGCCAGAAACUUAUCAGCCGAACAGUUGAACACUUGUUGUUAUCGAUGCGGUCACGGAUGUGAUGGCGGGUCGCCAGAAUCAGCGUGGUAUUUCUUCAGGCGGCACGGCAUCGUCACGGGCGGGGAUUACGAUUCCAAAGAAGGUUGUCAACCAUACAGUAUUUAUCCGUGUGGAAAAGGAAGGAAUACUUGCAUAGACGUCGAUCCUGAUACACCCGAUUGUUCGAUAAAAACGUGCACAAACUCGAAUUACACGAAAAACUACAGAGCUGAUUUGCAUUAUGUUGAUACCGUGUAUUCGUUAAAAUCCGAAGAAGACAUCAUGACCGAUAUAUACAAAUACGGUCCCGUUCAAGCAGCUUUUUAUGUGUACACAGAUUUUAUGUACUACAAAACCGGAGUGUACAGUUACACGAGAGGUCAGAUAGAAGGCGGUCACGCCAUCAAGAUUUUGGGCUGGGGCGUAGACAACGGCACUAAGUAUUGGCUGUGUGCCAAUUCGUGGAGCCGGUCGUGGGGCGAGAACGGACUGUUCAGGAUACUCAGGGGAAACAACGAGUGUCACAUCGAAGACCGUGUAAUAGCCGGAAUGCCAGAAGUGCCCAAACGAUAUGAUUAACUGACGAAGUGAAAAAUGCGCGUACAAAGAUCGUCACCGUAAUACUGCAGUAUUGUAACAAUGUUGUAGUAAUAUUAUGACGACACGUAGAUCAUAUUAGCGUUUUCUAUUGACCCCGGUCAUUCAUUUAUACUUGUAUUUAUAAUUAUUAUUUACAUAAAUAUUUUAUUUAUAUUUCAUUAGAACCGAUUUUUUUUUUUUUUUUUUUUUUUUUUUAUUGUAAUCGGCUACGUGUUCAAACGUACGACACCGAGUAAAAAAAUAAAUUAUUUGAAUAUUAUAUUAUUUGAUGAUCCUAAAUUGCGGUGUACAAAUACACGAUUAUACAUAAUAUAAACGUAUGUUUUUUU